GCCAAUUUUUGGUCAAGAGCUGUUGUUCCUGCCUCGGUCAGGGCCUGUUGAUCAGGACAUAGUACUUCAGUGACCCGUCCCUCAAAGUGUUCCAGGACAGCUUCUGAGCCAGGCUCUGAGCAGCCUUCUCCAGUGCAAGCUAUCCCUCUGUGCCCAAGGCAAGGGGGGCAGAGCUAGAUCAUCUCCAAGGUCCCUUCCACCCCAAACCACUCCAUGGCUCACUGAUUCCAUGUUGCCCCUCCCCCAGUGGCCCCCGUGCCACAGCCCCCCACGGUGCCCAGAACACGGAACCCAGCCCUCUGUGACAUCAGCCCCGGGGCCGAGGGCACCACGGGCAGCGCAGCUGCUGCGGGCAUUGCGGCUGUGGCUGUGCUGCUGCACGGAGCCCUCAGUGCCUGCAGCUGACACGUGCCUCUGGCAGCCAUGAAUGGGCUCGGCCUCCUCGUCCUGCUCACCGUGGCUGGGCUGGCACACGGGUUAUGGGACAACUGCGGAUGGAGCUGUGGACUCCGAGCUCCGCCACCUAUCUACAGCCCCAUGACUGUUCCCUAUGGCAAUGUGUCUGACAGCAUGACACGCAUCGUGGGUGGUGCAAAUGCCCUGCCAGGGGCCUGGCCCUGGAUGGUCAGCAUCCAGCAUCCCUGGAUACGAGACCUGAAGCAUCUGUGUGGAGGGUCCCUCAUUGGCCACCAGUGGGUCCUCACAGCAGCUCACUGCUUCGACGACUAUAAGAACAUCAGCAUGGUGUAUGUGGUGAUUGGAGCCACUCAGUUGUCUCGGCCAGGCCCUGGGGCUGUAGCACGCGAUGUCAAGAAGGUGGUGAUUCACCGGUACUACAAGCGUGUUGACUAUAGAUACGAUAUUGCCCUGAUGGAAUUGGAGCAACCUGUUGAGUGCAGCCAAUACAUCCAGCUGGCCUGUGUGGCUGUCCCCACCCUAAAAAUCUCAGAGCUCAACAACUGCUGGAUUGCUGGAUGGGGUGCAACUACUGCAAGAUAUAAAAACCCAAGUGAUCGCCUCCAGGAGGCCAAGGUGCGCCCAAUCAAUGUCCAGCUCUGCAACAGCACCUUCUGGUACUCAGGGAAAAUCCACACCCACAACUUGUGUGCUGGUUACCCAGAGGGCAAAAUCGACACCUGCCAGGGUGACAGCGGUGGUCCUCUCAUGUGCCAGGAGAAAAACAGUGACUUCUGGUGGGUCAUUGGAAUAACCAGAAAUAAAUUUUUCGGCUGCGCCAGGGCAAAGAAGCCUGGAGUCUACACCUCCACUCAGUACUUCUAUGAAUGGAUCCUGUAUCUGAUGAGCCUGAGCCCAGAUGAAAUUUCCUCUCCAACAUCAGGGGCAUGUAGUCAUUAUCUGACCACUUCACACCCCUGGAGUCAUUAUUUUACCACCCCACAACCCCCUCAGAAGCCAUGGCCAAGACCAACCCCCUCUCUGAAACCAGGGCCAGUACCACCAACAUUGGGCAAAGUUAACUUCUGCCCAUUUCCCAUCAAGAUUCUGGUGGAAUUCUUUACUCGAGUGAAGAAAAUCCUCCAGCAGAUCUUCAGGCAAAGCACAUCUUGAGCAGCAGGACAGCAACAACCCAGGCCACACUGCAGUGAGCAGCAACCUUUUCCUGCUGGACAGUGCCUGCUGAUCCAAAGGCAGCCACAGUGUCAAAAGCCUGCUCUGUCUUGCCCACACUACUCCUCCUCUCUUUUGUGUAUGCAGACACCACAGUUACCUGAAGUAAAGUUGCCU